AUGAAUUUUGACUUGUUAAGCCAUUGGAGAGAUAUCGUAAAUGGGAAGAAAGGGGUUAGUCAUCAUCGUGCGAUGGAGAUCCGGAAGGCGCUGGAGGACAGAAUCUUAGAGGAUUCAUAUCCAGCCUGGAGUUCGGGUGAGCUUCCCGGUCGGCAAUCAGAGUUGACCCGGGAUAUCAUGGUCGCUGAGUUCAGGGCGUUGUGCGAACAAUAUGACCGGUCUCGGUUGCUUGGCUUAACGAACAAGACCUUGGAUAGGAAGUUCGCAGACUUGUACGGAGAUGCGCAAGUGGAGCAUGGGAUGGACAGUUCUGAAAAAUUCCUGACACACGUUCGAACCAAACUCUUUCAGGAGAAGGACCGCAUGUUCGUGGCCGAAGCAGCCCUCAACGACAUCAGCAAGGACCUCGAGACCUCAGUCACACUUUUCCAACGCUAUCGACAAAACCUGGCCAAGUCGCACAAAGCUAUGAUGCAAGUUGUACGCAAGGCGGAAUCCGACGGAAGACACCUUCGACUCGCCUGGAUCUUCUUUUGUGGCGUCUGCACGUACAUCAUACUUAAGCGACUCCUCAUUAUCAGGAUGAUCUACUACGUACGUGUUCUCACACUGGCACACAGUCUCUCACAUUGGCACACACUCUCAUGGAUACACUCUCAUGGAUACACAGUCUCAUGGAUACACUCACGCAUCCUUUGUUAUGCAGUUGAUGAAGCUAGUUAG